AUGACCUCCCACCCACCAGGAUCAUGCUGCUACAAAGGCGUCAAGCACGAAGGUGAAGCCAAAGGCGAGAUCUCAACCCUAGGCGACUUUGAAAUCUACACAAAAUACCCCGAAGACAAAUCAACUGAGAAGGGUAUCCUGAUCAUCACCGACGUGAUCGGUCACCGCUUCAACAACGCCCAACUCAUCGCCGACCAAUUCGCCGCCAAUGGCUACUUCGUCCUCAUGCCCGACCUUUUCUAUAGCGACCCCAUCCCCCUCAACCGCCCCGGCGACUUCGAUAUCCAGAAGUGGAUGAAGGGCGAGUACAGCGAGCGCAAGAUCGCCCAUCUACCUCCCGUCGUCGACCCCAUCAUCGAUUCGUGUCUGGUGGAAAUGCGCACAAAGUACGACUGCAAGAAAAUCGGCGCAGUAGGAUACUGCUUCGGCGGCAAAUACGUCGUCCGCCACCUACGCCCUGAAGCCGGCAAGAUCGACGCCGGAUACACCGCGCACCCAAGUUUCGUCACGGCCGAAGAACUCAAGGACAUGAAAGGUCCGCUGUCCAUUUCCGCCGCCGAAACCGACCACAUCUUCCCAGCCGAGAAACGUCGCGAAACCGAGGACAUCCUCAAGGAGCUCAAGCUACCGUACCAACUCAAUCUGUACUCUGGUGUUGAGCACGGUUUCGCUGUCCGAGGAGAUCCCAAGAACAGACAGCAUGUGUAUGCCAAGGAGAAUGCCUUUUUGCAGGCUCUGCAGUGGUUCGAGGAACAUUUGCAGUAA